CCAAAUCUCUGAAUGAAAACCUAAAACCCAGUUGGGUGUUGAAAUUCCUGAUCGAUGCUGUGAAGAAGGUUAUCAGAAAAAGAAUGACAUUAGCAGCAGGGAUCGGGUAUGUGCUGCUUGCACUGGGCCCUUCACUCGCUCUCUUCGUUACUGUCGUCUCCACUAAACCCUUCUUGAUCCUCAUUCUUCUCUCUAGUACACUGUUGUGGCUGAUUAGCUUGAUUGUGCUGUCUGGAUUUUGGAAGGCGUUUCUUCCAAUCAAAACGUCCGCAUGGUGGCCUUAUGUCAUUCUUAUUCUCACUUCUGUUGUCUUCCAAGAAGGUCUCCGCCUCGUGUUGUGGAGAGGUUACAAGAAGAUGGAAGAUAUGUUGGAUGCCUUUGCUGACAGAGUUGCUAAACCCCGCCUCUAUCUUACUGAUAAGAUGCAAAUCGCCCUUGCUGGCGGUCUAGGUCAUGGUGUGGCUCAUGCAGUCUUCUUCUGCCUUAGCCUUUUAACGCCUUCAUUCGGUCCUGCAACGUUUUAUGUUGACAAGUGCUCUUAUGCUCCAUUUUUUCUUAUUUCUGCUAUUAUUUCCCUUGCAUUUGUUACAAUCCACACUUUCUCAAUGGUAAUUGCAUUCAAUGGGUAUGCGCAAGGGAAUAAGAGUGACCAGUUGAUCGUCCCAGCCAUUCAUAUAAUUGCCGGAACAUUGACUCUUGUGAAUCUGGCGUCGAGUGGCUGUAUCGUGGGGAUCCCACUGUUGUAUAUUGUGGCAUUGUCGACUUUAGCUUACUGUGGGAAGAUGGUUUGGAGGAGGUUGACGGAGACUCAAAUUAGGCUCGCCCCUCAAAAUCAAUGAUAAAUUUGAUUGGAUCUGCAGUUACUAGUUUUCCGAGUUGACUUAAGGGUUCAUAGUUGGUUGGCUUAUUGUGAUGCUAUUACUGCUCUUGGAAACGACGACGUUUUGAUCUUGUAUACAGCCAUGACAUUGUUUUUUCUGAUAUCUUUAUAAGAAAGCAUUUCUUGACAAUU